CCGGCAGAUUGGGAGUGGCAGGUCUCUGCAGGUAACAUCUUCUUGAAACCUCAAGCCUCAGAACCAUAUUUCAUUAUUUCGAUAUAUCCAAGGUAUUUCUAGCCUGAUACAAGAGUUCUCUGUUGACAGAGCUGGCUUAUCAGAUAAGAAUAAUAUGACAGCAACGACACCUUCGAUACACAUCAACUCGUCUGUGGAGGCCCACCCUGUAAGUUACGGGUCCUACUCGUCGGGGGAGCUAUGGACAUGACGCUUGUGCUUUGCUCGCUCUCCGAAGCUGUGGCGUUCUCCUGGCACCUCGAAAACGGAGCGCCUUGGCGCAAAGGCCGCCGGCAGAUGACACCCCCAUCGACGCGCGGAAGCGAUGCUUUUCGGAUGCAUCUGCACAGAUCCACACCGGCCGAUCAAUCAACUAAUUCUAUUUCCACAAUUAUCCCAUGCUAUCUGCACGAAAGCUUCCUUUAUGGGAUUUUGCAUCGGAACCCCUCAAAACGCAUCCAAGCGUUCAUCCUCAAAACGUAUAUAAGCCCUUGCAUAUUAUUGGUGCGUGAGUACACCAACGGCGUCAGCAUUCUAGUUACGAUGACAAUUUAAUUGGGAUGCUUUGUGUCAACAUGUUGGGAAGUAUGUAGGUGCGCAUCAGGCAUCUACCUAGUAUGUCUGUGUGCGAGUGCCCGCGGCGGCGACGGGCUCGAGUGACGAGUUGACUCUCGGCAGCGUUGGCCAUUGACGCCACGCCGUCUCAGCCACCUGGUGUCUGAUUUGGAUCAAUCACGCAGGCCAUCCAGCCGUCUGGUACUGAAGAGGCCAUCCGGGAUCACCGAUAUUUUGGUAUCUUGGCCCAUCUUUUACCUUUGCCCAAUGGAUCGUCGUAGUCUAAUGUUAUCUGUUGGAGAAGAGGGGCGUGAGGAGGAGCUGCAGAAGGCAGAGCAAACCGAGAUGACCAAGUGAUGUCACCUUUCUUCAAGCCAAUUUUACAGUGCUACGCUUUGUCAAAAGGCUUCUGUGGC